AAUAAUAAAAACUCUCCUCUUGCUCAAGGGGUGCUUGCUUAGUUGCUUUAGUUGCCUCUUCCCACCAACAUUGCUUAAUUCUUUUAUUUCUUCCUUUUUUUGCUCUACAAUUACGUCUCAUUCAAAGAGCUAGAUAUAGCGUUUGUUUACUCUCAUUAAUGCUCAUAAAGGCAACUCUUUAACGCACUGCUGCAUUCUCUCUCUGUUUCUGUUUUUUUUUGUCUCUCUGUAGGCUGUAGCCCUCAAAUGGCGGCUAAAUCUCUGCUGAAUUCUUCCUCUCCAUAUUCUACUCGUUUCUUGAACUCUGAAUCAAAGUAUAUCAGUCUUAAAAGAAGCCAGUUGAGAUUUGAGCCUAAAAUAGUCUUCAAGGAUCAAUACUCCAUCAAAAUAACAAGAAAAGGAGGGCAUCUGAAGCAGAGAGGAGGAGGAUGCAUGGUGAAGUGUGCGGCAGAGGGAAUAGAGAAAGGAAUGCUGAUGGGAGGAGAGGCGGUGAGAGUUAGUAUACCGGAAAGAUACAAGGUGGUGGCAUUAACAGCGUGUGUUAUGUGCCUUUGUAAUGCUGAUCGUGUUGUCAUGUCUGUUGCUGUCGUUCCUCUUGCGGCUAAAUACGGCUGGUCCAGUUCUUUCCUCGGCAUCGUCCAGUCAUCAUUUCUAUGGGGAUACAUAUUCUCAUCAGUAAUAGGAGGAGCCUUAGUAGACAAAUAUGGAGGAAAACGAGUGUUGGCAUGGGGUGUGGGGCUAUGGUCUUUGGCUACCCUUCUUACUCCAUGGGCUGCUAACCACUCCACCGCCAGCCUCUUGGCCGUUCGCGCCUUCUUUGGACUUGCCGAAGGUGUAGCUUUGCCUUCCAUGAGCACCCUCUUGUCAAGGUGGUUUCCGACCAAUGAACGAGCCAGUGCAAUUGGGUUAUCCAUGGCUGGCUUUCAUCUUGGCAAUGUCGCAGGCUUACUUUUAACUCCAAUUAUGUUAUCCACCAUUGGAAUUGCUGGCCCUUUUAUUCUCUUUUCAUCCCUUGGACUACUAUGGGUAUCAAGAUGGACAAAUGGAGUCACAAGCGACCCACGAGAUAGCCCUUUUGUCAGCAAAUCAGAGUUGAGAUUAAUCCAAGCUGGUAAAACAGAUUCUUCCACUAACAAAGGCCAGCUUCCACCACUGCGUUUGCUAUUUUCAAAAUUACCUACAUGGGCAAUUAUUUUUGCCAAUGUAACUAACAAUUGGGGUUACUUUGUUCUGCUCUCAUGGAUGCCUGUCUAUUUCAAAACUGUCUUUAAUGUGAACUUGAAGCAAGCGGCCUGGUUUAGUGCUGUUCCAUGGGGGACAAUGGCAGUCUCUGGUUACAUUGCAGGUGCUGCAUCAGAUUUCUUAAUCAAGGCAGGCUACUCCUUGACACUAGUCCGAAAGGUCAUGCAGUCUAUUGGUUUCAUUGGACCUGGGGUAUCACUGCUCUGCUUAAAUUAUGCCAAGACACCAGUAACUGCUGCUAUAUUCAUCACAGCAGCCCUAAGUUUGAGUUCUUUCAGUCAAGCCGGAUUUCUUCUCAAUAUGCAAGAUAUAGCACCUCAAUAUGCAGGUUUCCUCCAUGGAAUUGCAAAUUCUGCUGGUACAUUAGCAGCAAUCGUCAGCACCAUUGGAACAGGUUAUUUUGUUCAGUGGCUGGGAUCCUUCCAGGCAUUCCUGACAGUCACAGCAGGCCUCUAUUUCAUAACAACAAUAUUUUGGAUUAUGUAUGCUACUGGAGAACGGGUUUUCUAGAUUAAGAUUUGAGUGUAAAAAUCAUCUCUAAUUAUUUACGAAGCGGCUAGAACAAAGAUGAACUUAAGUUAAUCUUUGGAGGAGAUUGCAAAAUUUUGAGCCAAAUCAUUUAUUUAGGCAUAUAUGAUUAUAGUAUUAGACUGAGAUUGUAUAGAUGAUUUCUUUUUAAUUUUUUUCAAUAGUUUGUAAUACAAGCAAAAAGUGUCUGGUAAUAGAUGCAGUAUGCAUUUGUUGAUUGGCUUUUCCCUUAGUAAGCAAAGGUCAACUUGUAGUCAUGUGAUGUGAGAAGUAUAUAGUAUGAAAUUCUUACUUCCGUCUC